AAUCAUAUUUGAAUAGUUUAUUCUGUUUAAUUCGUUUGAAUAAAAACAAAGUAAAAUCAUAAAACAACUAGCUUUACAAAAUUAUAGUUACAUCUUUAAAGUCGUCAAGGAAUUAAAAAAGUAAUUUAUUUGUGGUGUAAUUUUGUAAGUAUUAUCUCACCCGGAUUUAGAUGGUUUGGGUAAAUAACUGUGUGAAGAAUUUGUAUUUGGCUUAAGUUUAGGUGGCUGGGUAGUUGUAGGAGGCGUGACAGUGGAGUGUGGAAUAUUUCAGUACGUGGAAAUUGUUGAAGAGUGAAAUCUUCUACUUUUGAAAAUGUCAAAUAAAUCUGAAAGGGAAAGACAAAAGCAAAUACAAGAAAAAUGCCAAACAAUAUUAGCCCAACUUCUUCGUGAAGAAGAUAAUAAGUACUGUGUUGACUGUGAUGCAAAAGGACCAAGGUGGGCAUCUUGGAAUUUGGGAGUUUUCCUUUGCAUUCGAUGUGCAGGCAUUCAUAGGAAUCUUGGUGUUCAUAUUACAAAGGUCAAGUCUGUUAAUCUGGAUACAUGGACACCAGAACAAAUUGGAAUUCUGCAGGAAAUGGGAAAUAGUAGGGCCAGAGCUGUGUAUGAAGCUAAUCUACCAGACAAUUUCCGUAGACCUCAGACUGACUCCUCUUUGGAAGCCUUUAUACGUGCUAAAUAUGAACAUAAAAGAUACAUAGCCAAAGAAUGGGUUCCUCCAUCCAUGCCAAAACCUGCAUUUAACAUUGAAGAAAAGAAAAAAAAACGAACCAAACCCAAAGGAUUAGGAAAUAUAGAGAUCCCG